UCUCCUCCUUAUUUUGCUGGAUCGAAGAUUAGGGUUCUUCGCGGCGAUGGUGGAGCCAUGGCGCCGAUGGCGGCAUUUGUGAUGCAGCCAUGUCGGGUAAAACUAGCGCUGUUGCCGCUGCUUCCAGGCCUUGCGCCGUGAGGAAGGCGAAGAAUGGGGGGCAGAAGAAGCAGCCGCAGCGAGGGCUGGGUGUGGCGCAGCUGGAGAAGCUCCGGCUCCAGGAGCAGCAGCAGCAGCAGGAUUUCUCAUUCCCUCCUCGUCCUCCGGCCCCGGUGGAUCACCAGGUACUCGAUAGAUCCCUGGGCUUGAUGAUUCCGCAGCAAUGGCCAAUGCUCCCACUGCUGCCCGGCCAGCAUCAUGCCGCGCUCCUCUCGCAAAUCUCUUCCAGCGGGCUCUCUUGUCCGGGAGAGAAGGACAACAGUCCUUGCUCCAGGAGCGCGCUUCAUCCGAGCUCCUUUUGCGUGGACAAGCUGACGCGAAUGAAUCAUCACAGCUCUAUGAAUCCAGUGCCAUCCUCUUGGCAAGAUUCGACGCAAGGUGCUUAUCAUCGAUCGCCUCCUCCUCCUCCUCCUCCGCUGCUUAACUCCGCAUCAAGGCCGCCGGGUUUGCCUCGACAGCAACAGAUGGAGUUUGCCGUGCUUGGCACGGCUCCUCCGCAACGAAAUUCAAAAGAGCUCUCUUCAUUCCAAAUUGAUCGCCAUCAACACUGGACUUCGGACGACAAAACGACUUUGUCGUCUCAGAGGAAGCGGCCCAGGCUUGAAUUAUGGCUCCGUCCAAAGAAUGUGUCUCCUCCGAACGGAUCAGAUCUCGGUGUCACUCGUGACAAUGCUCCCGGAGGCUCGAGUCCGCCAGUGGAAAAACCAGUCAUGCUUGCGACAUGGUUGGAGAAAGAUGAUCACCAAACUGACAGGACACUUGCUACGGGGACGUCUCUGAAUGAUUCCACGACGCCAUCGCCCACUGUGGUUAACACCAGCUGCUCCACCGUGUCGUCGUCUCCGGUUGUCUCCGAGAGACGGCCGCAAGUCACCGCUGCUGGAGCUUUCCCCGACGUCGAGAUCGAGAGCACGCCUCUGAGUGAUUUCCUCACGCUCGGUCUGGCAAGCUCCCCGAGAAAAUCGCUCAAGAGAAAUGGUGCCAAGGAUCUUCAUCAACUAACAAGCAAGUCGCAGCAAAAGGACGGGACCUGGAUCAACUGGAUACGCAUUGGUGGCAAAGCUGCCGAUGGCUACGCUGACGGUGUCUCGUUAGACUUGAAUCUAAGACUGUCGAUGUGAUUUUUGUUCCUCGUGACUAAUCAGACAGUGUCUUUUUUCUUUCUUUUUCAGUCCAGAUAUUUCAGCUGGGCCAUGCAAUUCGGAGGAAAGUGUUGGCAUA